UGGCAUUGGUAGCAUGUAGCGGAUGCAGGCACAGCCGCCUGCAGCAAGGGAUGCGCAUACAAGCCUGCGUCUCCUUAUUGGACAGGUACCAUACCACGCCUGAACUGGGACGCUGCGUUGAAGGGUCUGAUUUGAAUUGCCAGCUUCCAACAACCUGAUUUGCUUCUCAGCAGUUGCAGUAGGAUGUCAACGUCUGCGCCCAGUCUGUGAGGCAUGUCGUCCUUGAGGGCUUUGUUGCGAGCUCCCUCUCGGCACUUCUUUGGGUCCCCAGCGGGGCAAGCUCCGGGAAUGGAGUCCCUCCUCACCGACGAGAAUGCUUCUGCGGACGGGGAUAAUGUAAGCGUGUCCAAAAGCGCGAUCACACGGUCAUCCCGGCAGCCCCUGGCCCCAUCCUCCGAGAACUCUCAGUGUCCGACCUCUCCUAAGCCUGAAAGCAUUGAGAGCGGGUGCGUCGAGACUGGGAGUAUCGCACCAAAAUCUGGUCCCCAUUCAAUCCCAGCCAGGCUUUCCACCCCGCCAAAGUCCCCGGGCAAAGCUAGCAAGGCAAUCAAGCCUGAAGGCCUGGACGUAUAUGAGGAGCCGCCUUCCACUCCGACACAGGAGAUUAGCCCUCAUGCUUCCCCUCAAAAGGGGCCCACUCCUACUUGGGCCAAGAAGAGGGACGCCCCUCCUACCGAGGAGCCGGUCAGAGAGUCUCCUGAGCACUCUGAGAGGCGGGCCAAGAGCCCGUGGGGCCGGCGCGGGGGAACGGCCCGGGCGCUAGUGCUGGAGGACUCUUCUGCAACAGCUGGCAGUGACACUCCUAGGAGUUUGACAGCUGGCGUGGACACUCCUAGAACGCCUGCCAGGGCCAAGACUCCGGGCAGAGGGUAUCCCAGGCUUGGGCUGGGGCCGGGGCACUCAAAACACGAGGGGCAUAGCUAUAUGAGCCCCACGCUGCAGGCGCUGGCGGAGAGCCUGCAGGAGGAGGAGUCAGAAGGAGCGAUUGAGGACCAGAGCGUGCAGGUCAUCGUACGUUUGCGCCCAAUCAACGAGCGCGAAACCAAUCAGGGCGGCGCCAAGCGGUGCAUCCAGCAGGCUGGCCCCCGCUCGCUACUCUGCAUGACAAUCCCCGAACCGACCCAGUUCACAUUCGACCACGUCGUGGGAGACACGGUCUCGCAGGAGGCACUCUUUGCGCUCGUGGGGCAACCGAUGGUGCAAAAUUGUAUCUACGGCUACAACAGCUCCAUGUUUGCAUAUGGCCAGACGGGCAGCGGCAAGACCUUUACAAUGCUGGGCGACAUUGCGGGCCUGCCGCUCCACCCCAGCGCCGACCGGGGCAUCUCUCCCCGCGUGUUUGAGGAGCUGUUUGUGCGCAUUAAGGAGGCUGAGGAGGAGAAGCGGGAGAACCAACUGCAGUAUGUGUGCAAGUGCUCGUUCCUGGAGAUCUACAACGAGCAGAUCACGGAUUUGCUGGAGCCCACCUCGACCAACCUGCAGAUUCGCGAGGAUGUAAAGCGGGGAGUGUUCGUAGAGGGGCUGUCGGAGGUGGCAGUCCACGGUGUCGAGGACGUCAUCCGCCUCAUGGUGCAGGGCGCCAACAAUCGGAAGGUCGCCCAGACGAAUAUGAAUCACGAGAGCAGCCGGUCUCACAGCGUGUUUACGUGCACCGUGGAAGGCAAGUACGUGUCUGACAACGUGGUCAAUACCCGCUUCUCCCGCCUGAAUCUGGUCGAUCUCGCGGGAUCGGAGCGGCAGAAGAGCUCCGGCGCGGGCGGGGAACGCCUCAAGGAAGCGUCCAACAUCAACCGCUCGCUCUCGGCGCUUGGGCUCGUCAUCAUGACGCUUGCUGACGUGGCCGAGGGAAAGCAGCGGCACGUGCCUUACCGGGACUCGCGCCUCACGUUUCUGCUAAUGGACUCGCUGGGCGGCAACGCCAAGACCAUCAUGAUCGCCAACGUCAGCCCCUCCACGGCGUGCUUCAGCGAGACCUUCAGCACGCUCAAGUUCGCGCAGCGGGCCAAGUUCAUCCGCAACAAGGCCGUGGUGAACGAGGACACGAGUGGUGACGUGGCGUCCCUCAAGGAGCAGAUCAAGAAGCUGAAGGAGGAGCUGUGGCGCAUCAAGGGGCCCCGGCACAGCAUCUCGCCGCCCUCGGCAAAGCACCCCGGCGAGUCUCCGGGCACUCAAAUGGUGCCCGGGAGGCCGUCCCCGGUUACCAAGUCAAAGUUGAAGAAACUAGAGGCGGUCCUCGCGGGCGCGCUCCGGCGCGAGCUGGCCGCAGACAACAAGGCGCAGCGCCUCGCGGCCGACAUCGCGGUGGUGGAGCGGCUUAGCCGACAGCACGAGCACGCCGCGAGCUGCUCCAAAAUGGUGGUCAAGUUUCGGGAAGAUCGCAUCAAGCGGCUGGAGGCCCUGUCGCGGGACGUGUUGCCGGUCGACGAGUACUACCAGCAGGAGGUGGACGCCCGGCAGGCGGAGAUCGAGCACUGGAAGGAGCGCAUGGACCGGCACCCCGAGGUCACGCGCUUUGCGCUCGACAACCUGCGCCUCCAGGACCAGCUGCGCACGCUGCAGGACUACUGCGAGGGCGGGGAGCGCGAGCAUUUGCUGGAGGAGAUUGCGACGUUGCGCGACCAACUGAUCGAGGUGCUGGACGCCAAAGCGCGUAACGACCCCGACAUCAGGAGCUCCAUCAGCAGGGCCAGCUUGGGAGGGGACGCUCGGGCGGCUGUCAUGGCCCAUCAGCUGGAGUCCGUUCGUCAUGAGCUGGACCAGUGCCGGCGCGAGGCCGCCCAGAAGCACCUGGAUCUUAACGCGGCGCUCGAGAACAACGGCGCGCUCGGCGCGCGCAACGAGGAACUAGAGCGGGAGCUCGCGCAGCUGCGCGCGGACGCGCUCCUGAAGCCGCUCGAAGCCGCGGAGGGCGACGUGGCGCGGCGCGAGGGGGCGGGGCUCAGUGUGAAGGAGCUCGAGGAGGAGCUGCAGGAGGCGAACAAGCGGAUUGAAGAGGAGACGACUCAGCGGCGCGCCGUUGAGAAGGACCUCUUCAACGCCCUCAACGACGUCUUCGACCUGCAAACGCAGCUCGAGAAAGAGAAGGAGGCUUCCCAGGACCUGGAGGUCGUGCGCGCCCACGUGGCAGACUUGGAGGAGGCCGUCAAAGCCGCAGAGGCGGCCGCGACGGAGGCGCGUGCGGAGUGCGAGGCGCUGCAGCAAAAGAUGGCCAUCGCAGAAGAGGCCCACGUGGAUGCCCUGCGGGAACUGGCGGAGGCGGCGGACUGCCAAGAGCAAGGCUGGAGGAGCAAGGAAGCGGACUGGGUAGGCGACAUGAAGAGCCUGAGCGGCCGCCUUCUGGACGCCCAAACUGCCCGGGAGACCGCAGAAGAGCAGCUUGAGGGGCUCACGCGGGACCUGGAGACGGCGGUCACGGCGGCAGAGGAGCAUCAGAGCAACGCCGAGAAACUAGAGGCCCGCCUCUUGGCUCGGACGUCCGACUUCCAGCGCCAGCUGUCCGCCCUGGAGGAGCGCCUUUUGGCGCGCGACGAAGAAGUCGAAAUUCUACAAGAGGACCUGGAGCGCGAGGAGGGUUUGAGGGCUUUAGAGGGCGACGCGGCCGUCGACCUGGCGGUGCGGCGCGUGAAGAGCGCGGCCAAGGCGCAGAUGCGCCAGCUGGCGCGGCAACUAGAGGCGGCGAUGAAGGAGGCCGCGGAGAGCCAGUGGCUCAAGCAGCAGCUGCAGGAGGGCUUCCAGGACACGUGGCAGAAGCUGCAGGAGCGCGAGGCCGAGAUGGACGCCCAUCGCUCAGAGGCCGAGACCGCGGCCGCGCUCACGAUCCAAACCCUGGCGGCCGAUGCCGACGCCGCCUUCGAGGAGGGCCGCAAGAUCCGCCUCGAGAUGGACCGCACCCUCAAGCAGCUGCAAACCCUGGCCUGCCACGUGGCAGCCGCCGAGGCCGGCCGCGACGCCUCGGCCGAGCGCUGCCGCGCGCUCGGGGUGGCGCUCGCUGUGCUCGUGCAGUCGCGCGAGGUAACGUCAUCGCGGGGACACGUGGCAGCACGGGACGGCGAGAACGAGGCGUGGGAGGAAGCUUUAAAAGCGGCGUUGGCGGAUCGGGAUAAGGCGCUGGGUCUGGUGGAAGAAGCGAGGAGAAAGGAAGCGGCGGCGGUGGCUGUGGCGAGGAGAGAGGCGGAAGCGCGCGCGCGCGCGCUGGAGGCGGCGAAUGCGCACGUGGAGGAGAUGAGGGUGGCGCUGGCAGAGGCGGAGGAGAUGGCGGACGCAGCGGAGUUGAGCAAGCAGCGCGUGUUAGAAGAGGCCGGCCGCGACAUCGAGGAACAGAAGGCGCUGAUCGCGGCCGCGGAGUCGGCUGUGCGGGACGCCCAAGAAGAGAGAGAAGAGGUCGAAGAAGUGCUUUGGGGAAGCCUCGAAGCAGAACGCGCAAAGCUCGCGCACAAAGAAGCGGAGCUCCAAAGUUUGAUGCGCGACACGAACGAGGAAGUCGAGAGCGCGCGGAGCGAGGUCGCCAAGAUGCGCGAGAAGCUGGGUUCCGCCCGUUCCGCGGCAGAACGGGCGGAGGAGGAAAGGGCGGAACUGGCGGCCGCGGUGGAAAAGAUGCGCGGCCGCGAGCGCGCGCUGCGGGAGAAGGAGAAAGAGUUGGCGGAGAAGGAAAGGGGGUUAACGGAGCGGGUUAAGGAGAUGGCGGAGGAGUUAAGGGAGAAAGAGGAGGCCCUGUCGGCGGCACAGCGGCAGGUGGAGGCCCAGAAAAAGGGCGUCUCCGGCCCGAACAGGGCCCCCGUGCUGCGGGAGAUCAGUAAUGCGACGCCCAACCACCGGUACUGCGACGCCGUCAGCGAGACGUCGAUGUUUUCGGACGCGGAAAACGUGCCGUGGGGAGGAGAGGAGACCCGGGUUAACGACCAGGAGGGGGACAGUUUGCGGGCGGUGAACGCGGAAUUAGAGGAGGUUAACCAGGAAAUGGAGCAGCGGGUUAGUCAGAUGGAGGAGGACUUAACCGCGCUGCGGGCUGAGCUGGCGGCGGCGCACGCGCAGAUUGCGGACGUCCGAACGGAGAAGACAUACGCGGCGCAGGAUCGCCACAUCGCCGCGUCCCUCGUGUCCGAAAAGCGCCACGCGUGGCUGUUCGGCCAGGUGUCCGAAAGCGCUCAGAAGGGACACGUGUCCGCAAGCGAGUCCGAACUGAGGCGCGAGCUCGAGCAGGCGCGCGCGGAGCUGCGGCGGCUGGAGGCGCUCCGGUCGCCGGGCGGAACGGACACUCCGCCGGCGGAAUUCCGGCUGCACCGCGGGCGCGCUCGGACGUCUCCCGACGGGCAUUCCGUGGUGAUGACGGAUGACGAGACGCUGUGUCAAUUUGAGGGGGAGGGCUUCCCUGGCUUCGACGUGGCGGCUCAUGAACAGACCAUGGCGGAUCAGCUCAGCGAGGUGACGAAGCAGCUGCUUCAGACCAUGGCGGAGCACGCGGCCCGAGAGGCUGAGGUGCAGGGGACGCUGGACCGGUUGGCGACGGCAGAGAAGGAGAAGCAGGCCGGGGAGCGCAUCAUGCAGUCGCUCGAGCAGAGGCUGGGCGACGCGACUGAGGAGCUGCAGCGGCUGGUGGACGCCCAGAAGCACAAGGAGGCGGAGGUGCGCGAGCUGCGCGCGCGCCUGUCCAACCUCGAGUCCGAGCACGACGCCGCGCAGGCCGAGAUCCAGUGCCUCGAGGAGCGGCUGCUGGCGGCCACCGAGGGGAUCGCCUCGUCCGGCGACAAGUUAGGUGGUUGGCCAGACGACGAGGUCGCCGCGGACGAGGCGAAGCUGGACUGCAUGGAGGAGGCGCAGGAGCACCGCGACCGCGAGAUCGCGGCGCUGCGCGCGCGGCUGGAGGCGGCCGAGAAGGAGCACGAGCGGGGGGGGCUGCACCUCGAGGAGUUCCUGGAGGAGAACGUGGCGCAACCGAAAGCGCAGAUGCAACAGGUGUCCACCGAGCAGCACGAGAAAGCCCAGGCUGUGGCGGCGCUGCAGGCCCGGUUGAAUGCCGCGCAGGAGAGCGAGUCCGCGCUGGAGGGCCGCGUGAAAGAACUAGAGGCGGCGAUCGAGGAGAAGACGCGCGAGGUGGAGCAGGCGGUGCAGGACAAGGGGGGGGUCGCGGCGGAGGAGCUCGUGGCGAUGCUGCAAGAGCGCCUCGAGGAGGCGUCCGCCCAGCUGCGCGCGACCGCGGCCGCGCUGCAGCAGAAAGAGCGCGAGCAGGCCGCGCUCGCGGACCAGCUCGUGGGGGCGGAGCGGCAGCACAAGCGGGACCACGACAGCCUGACACGUGUCCAAAAAGCGGCGGGCAAGGGGGAAGAGGAGAGGGCGGCUCUCGGAGUGCAGUUGGACGAGGCCAAGCGGAAGAGCGAGAGCGAUGAGAGGAGGUUGAAGGAACUAGAGGGGGAGCUGGAGAAGUUGCAACUAGAGGUGGGGGAGAAGAGGGAGGAGGUGGCGAGGCUGGAAGAGCGGCUCGCCGAGUUGGAAGAGAGCGCGGCGGCCGCCGAGGAAGCCGCCAGCGAACACGUGGCGUCUCUGGAGGGCAGUCUUGCCGCGGCCGCCCGGGAGCGGAGCAGCCUGCUCGCGCAGUUGGCGUGUGCGCAGCGUCAGGUGGAGGAGAAGGAACUAGUGGAGCGGGAAGCGCGGCAAAUGGCGGAGAGCACCAAGGAGUAUUUGGAGGAGCAGGAAGCAGAGACGGAGGAGCUGAAAGCGAAGCUCGCCGAGACGGAGCGUCACGCCGCGAGCCUCCAGUCCCAGAUCGCCCACGCGCUCGAGCAGGCCGAGCAGCAGAAAAGCGCGCGCGCCGAAGCGGAGCGCGCGCUCGCGCGCGCCCGCGCGCAGCUGGCGAGCGUGCGCGAGGUCGCGGAGGGGAAAGGCAGCGAGAUCGCGACCGUUCUGCGCGAGCUGGGCGAGGUGCGCGCGAAGCUGAGCAAGCUGGAGAGCGCGCACGACGGGAAGGAGCGCGAGCUCGCGCGCGCGCGCGAGGCGGGCGAGCGGCUGAAGGCGGCGCUGGAGGCGAAGGAGAGGGAGCUGGCGGGGAUGCGCGCGCGCGCGGUGGGCGCGGCGAGGGAGGCGGAGCACCAGCAGAUCGUGCAGGGUUUGGGCGCGAGCAUCAAACGACUGCAGGGGCAGGUCGCCGAGAUUGCUUCCCCGACUCGCCGCACACCCGCUCCCGCCGCCACACCCGGCGCACUCUCCCACCGUCGUUCCGCUGCACCCGCAGCCGAAUCCGGCUCGCCAAACGGAAGUCCGUCCAGGGAGGCCGACGGAAUCGCCUCCAAGUUGAACGGCUCACCCGCGAUCAAGGGCGCUGUCCGGAGUCUGGAGGAGCAGUUGCGGAUCCAACGGAACAGGGUGGCGGAACUGGAGCAACUGGCGGACAGCAGAGAAAAGCAGCUCUUCGCCCUGAACGCGCGCCUCGCGGCCGCGGAGGGCCGCACGCACGACAUGGUGCGCGACAUGGUCGGCCUCAAGAUCACGCACGCAUCCCAAACCCCGCCGCGGCCCCAAACCUCGCCGAAUCCCGUCGUGACGCCCACCGAGGCCGCGUCGCUCUCGUCGUCGCGCCAGAGCGGCCGCGCGUCCCUGGCUGGGGGGAUCCCCCGGGUGCUCUUCGGGCCGGGUUCCACGCGGAACAGUCUGCCCGGGGGGCCGGCCCAGGCGCUGAGGGCCAAGGAACACGAGCUACAGGAGCUGCGGCGGCAGAUGGAUGCCUUCCUGGCGGAGCGAGAAGAGUGGCUCGAGGAAAUGAACCGGCGGCAGGCCGAGGCCCUGGCCGCGCGCGUCGCGACCGAGAAACUAAAGCGCAGCCACGAGGCGAUGAGUGGCGAGAACGAGCAGCUGAGGGAGCGCAACGGGGGGCUGACGAAGAAGGUGACGUCACUCGAGGCGGAGGUGAAGAAGCUGUCGGGGCAGCAGAACCUGAGCCAGAGGAUACACCACCACGCCAAAAUCAAGGAGGAGAACGUGCUGCUGCGGCAGAAGGUGGAGGCCCUCGAGGCGCGCGCGCGCAAGGACGCGUACCACCACCAGCGGCUCGCCGAGGAGGUGGCGCGCUUCCGCUCCGAGCGCGGCCUUCCGCCGGACAUCAACGUGGACGAGGAGCGGAGACUGCGCAAGAAGCUGGAGGAAGCUCAAGAAGAGACCCUCCAGCUGGCGGCCCAGCUGGCGGAGCUUUGCAAGAGCGUUUCCCGGGCGGCCGUCGGCAUGCCCGUCGGCGCAGACGUGCCCAGCGCAAAGGCUGCCAUGGACGCGGUCAACCGGCUGGUGGCACGUGCCGAGGCGUCCGAACGGGAGCUCGCGGACCUCAAGCUCAAGGCUAGGAUCACGACGGAGAAGAGGCGAAUUGACGAGCUCCGGACAAUCACGACCCCUCAAAGGAGCGCGGUCUUUGCGCCAUCGCCCGAUCGAUCCCCAAGAACACUCCGUUAGGAAAUUAGACAGUUUGCUAGAAAACCGACUUAAAAGCUGACAAGAAGGUCGAUAGAAAAGGAAAAGUUGCCAGUAACGUCGUUUUCCAAUCCGUCAAGUGGAGUAAGGGGCAGCUUGACAGCUGUUACUGUUGUUCGUUUCUGCACACAGUUUUCGUGUGCGUGCAAGUGUCGUGCUUUGAUGGGCACUCUGUUGACCACACAAGCUGCUCAAGCUUCUUGAAACGAAGGUUAUCCUCGCGCG